AUGGCGGCGAUCCUUGCGCGCGCCGGCGUCACCGCCACCGCCGAGAAAGGCCUCUCGGGCCCUACGGGCCGCCGCCAGCGCAAUGGCAUCGUCGUCGCGGCGGUCACUAGAACGGGGACCGGUGUGCCACAGGAGGGGGCGCUGGAGCGGCCGGCGUGGUCCGGGGAGACCCCUCUGUCGCGGCUGGUCGGCGCUCUCGUCGCGUUCAAGCCGCUCUACUCGCUAUUGAAGCUCGCCUCCCGCGAGGUCAUCAUCAGGUAG